AUGACUACACGUAAAGCAGCGGAUGCUGGAAAUACGACUUCCUCUAAUAUUAGUGGUCGUUCUGAUCUUAAUGGAUAUUAUGAUUCCUUAGACGGUUUAAAUAAGUCUGAAUCCUUCGACGAAAAGAUGGGAAUGCAAACUUUGAACCCACAAGAGAGUGGUUAUACGUCGAAUGAAACAGCAUCAAUUAAGACAAUAAAACCAUUAAACAGGUGGCCGACACUUUUUGAGAUUCUAAACAAAAAAACAAGGAGUCCAGUUGAUUUGUGGUCCUUCUACGUUUAUAUGAGAGAUACACAGAAAUCAAUCGACUAUUUGGAUUUUUGGAUUGACACAGUACAACAUAUGAAUCUUUGCAAGGUUUACGUGAAGGGUUUGAAGGAAUCUUUAAUAGUGAGCGAGCAUUUGAAAGAUGUAACCAGAGAGGAAGGAGAGGAAUUAAAGCGCAGUACUGUCUCCCGUCAUAAUAGCAAGUCGUCAAUAGCGAAAUCUCAUAAAAGAGAGUCCUCGGGAACAUCUAGUAAUCGUGAUUCCGCAUCAUCGUCAAUGUUGCUUGACCUUUUGAUGAAGAAUGACUUGUUAGAAGGAGGAGAUGCUCACCGACUAUCUUCAUUUCUAAGAGGUGAAGCUGCCGUUAGGUCCAGUGAUCCAAUAGUGAAUGCGAAAAUUGAAGAACUUAAAAGGAGAUCGCUGUUACCUAGUAGUGGUGCGACUGGACCGGCUGGUCCUCGUUCAAAAACUCCCCCUACAUCUUCAGGAGAUAAAUCAUUAGGGCGCUCACCUUCUGUAUUGCGGCAGCAACAAGUGUCAGGGCGUACUUCCUCGACAUCACUUCAAGAAUCAUAUGAGAGAACAUCCAGAAUUGGACCUGAACUAGUGGAGGCUCUUAUUGAUGAGGAUUAUAUGGAAAAUUCAAAGGACUCGCAUUUUGUUACAAGAACUACACUUCGGAAGUCUUCCAAAAACAUUUUGAAUACUUAUUUUCUUGAAGGAUCCGAAAAGAGGGUCCUAAUUCCUGAUGAUAUGAGAGAGCAAGUUAUAUAUGCAGUGGAAACUGAAGGAAGGGAUGAUCCGGAGGUUUUUGAUGAGUCAAGAGAAUAUGUGUUUAAGGCCAUGGAACAUGAAGCAUAUCCGAACUUUCUUAGGGAUGUUGCAAUGUGUAAUGUCACUUCUGUUUCCGCGGUCAUUCGUAUGUUUUUGGCUAUACUUUGUGCCUUCGCAGCAUUUUGGACAGGUUAUACACUCAUAUUUUUGGAUUAUCAGCCGAAAAAGACGCGUGCUGUGGUGACUUUGCCCUUCUUUCUUGCCUCUUAUUUCCUUUUCAGUUCCUUCUAUAAGAUUGAUCCUGUUUUGUGCUUCUUGGGUUUUUCAGAAAGUCGAAGCUCCCACAGCGGAUUGAUUAGAAUGAGGGAGCCUUUUGUGAAGAAACUCCUUUUAAAGCGUUCUUUAUUUGUUUUGAUCACAUUGUGCUUGGUUGCAGCUGCAUUCAGUGUUUUAUUUGCUUUAGUCCCUGGAACACAUCUUCAUCAUUAA